UGCGACAUCUUUCGUCCGCCUGCUGUCUCGAGGCCGCCUCGUGUCUUCGACUUCCAGACUCUUUGCGCAGUCUGUCGCUACCCUGGCGUGCAUCCAAAACAUACAUACUAACAACAGUGCUUUUCGUACGAAUAUUUGACAUUCUAGCCCAGCAUGGUCCAGGUGGAAGAGGCAGUCGCAUUGAAGAACACCAACCGCGCACAAGCCAAUAUAAAACUCGAGGCAUACGGCUAUGCGAUAGCCGACGCAACGAAAGCGAUAGAGAUCGAUCAGUCGUUCGUAAAAGCAUACUACCGGAGAGCAGUUGCCAAUACAGCGAUAUUAAAGCAUGCCGAUGCGAUUCAUGACUGGAAAGUGGUGGUGCGUAAGAACCCAUCAGAUAAGGUCGCCAAGGCGCAGUAUGAGGCAUGUCAGAAGCUGGUUAAGCGCGAUGCGUUUCUCAAGGCGAUCGAAGUGGCGGAGGCCCCGUCAGCAGCGGUGGGUCUUGAUCUUGAGAACAUGAUCGUUGAAGACUCAUACGAUGGUGUGCGGUUAAAGGAUGAGAUGACUAAGGAAUUCGUGGACGACAUGAUUCAGCGGUUCAAAGACGGGAAGCGCAUACACAAGAAAUACGUCUUUCAAAUAAUACUGGCCGUCAAGGAUUUAGUCUACAAUGAGCCUACCAUGGUGGAGACGAAGGUGGAGCAGGACCGCAAACUUACGGUGUGCGGCGACACUCACGGCCAAUACUUCGACUUGCUCGAGAUCUUCCGAUUGAACGGCUUCCCUUCGGAAAAGCAUGGCUACCUCUUCAACGGCGAUUUCGUAGACCGCGGCAGCUGGUCAACCGAGAUCGCACUAUUACUGUACGCUUACAAGUGGCUAUAUCCGAACAACUUCUUCCUGAACCGCGGCAACCACGAGACAGACGACAUGAACCGCAUGUACGGCUUCGAAGGCGAGUGCAAGGCGAAAUACACCGAGCGCGUCUUCAAGCUUUUCUCAGAAUCGUUCUCUGCUUUACCGUUAGCGACACUCAUAGGCGACAAAUUCCUCACGUUACACGGCGGCCUCUUCUCAGAUGAUGCAGUAACGCUUGAUGACAUCCGCAAGCUCAACAGGCACAACCAACGGCAGCCCGGUCAGUCAGGUUUGAUGAUGGAAAUGCUUUGGACCGACCCGCAAACCGAACCUGGCCGUGGACCGUCGAAGCGCGGCGUAGGCCUGCAGUUCGGUCCGGACGUCACGAAGCGGUUCUGCGAGAAGAACGGCUUGGAGGCGGUCAUUCGAAGUCACGAAGUGCGCAUGGAGGGCUACGAAGUCGAGCACGACGGACGAUGCAUUACCGUCUUCUCUGCGCCGAAGUACUGCGAUUCAACCGAGAACAAGGGCGCGUACAUCAACAUUGAAUCGGACUACAAGCUGCAGUUUCAGAAGUUCGAUGCUGUGCCUCAUCCGGAUAUAAAGCCUAUGGCAUACGCGAAUAAUGGUAUGAUGAGCAUGAUGGGAAUGUGAUCGAUAUACCUCCUGUAUCUUAUGGUACCACAUAUGGGCACAGGCGUUGUUUCUUCCAUUCGCAUGUCUAGACGGAUUUGCUUGCAUAGCGACGGCGACCUUUGAAUGGCGAGGCGUGGCAAGGGGGAUGGUGGGAUUUGAAAAUACUGUAACAACGCAUAAU